AUGAUUGACUGGCUUGGCUUCUAUGCAUGCAGUUGGAUCAACAAUAUGAUUUUUGAGUCUACGGAGGAGAAGCAGCAAACAAGUCACGACAAGGUGAAAAUUAUAGAUGGAUCAGUCGAGAGGAUUCAUGAGUUCUUGGAAGAGAAAAUCAAGAAAACUCAAACGUAUAUAGAGAAUACAGGGUUAGCUCAAAUCGAUGAGGCUGAGUUUGCUGCUAAUACUCUUAAACAGCACUUGGUCGACUCAGCUGUAAACACUUGUAGUGCUCAAGAGUUGAUGUGGCAGAGCAUGCUUGGUGCUGUUUUGGGGUCAUGUCAUAAACUCUCUUCUCCUGGAAGAAUCAACCGCAGUGAUGUAGAGGAAGCUUUGUUUCUUGCUAAACAGUACAAGACAUGUGUACAAGUGCUCUCUUCCGUGGCUGACUAUUUGGAUCGUGUGGUCAUGCCUGUAUUAGCAAAUGAUGGUAGUAGCCCUAAUGCAUAUCCAGAACUUGAAGCAGAUAAAGCCGAAGAUGCCUUCACCAUCUUUUCUGAAAACUUGCGUCACUCAAACAAAGACAUCCGUCUUCUGACUCUAAGGAUCCUUUGCCAUUUCGAGACUCUGUCUUGUAAUCCAUCUUCUGAAGAACAUCCUCCUCCUAAGAAGAAACUGAAGACUAGCGUGGUUCACAAGUCUCUUCCUAAAGCGAAUGUGCUUCAGUUACUGAAAACAGUCGAAGAGUCUCUUCUCACAGUAUCGACCGAAAUGGAGUUGAGCAGAUCGAUUACUAGCAUACAAACGGAUCUCUCUGAUGGCAGGAUGCACGAGGCAAUAUGGGAGCCAGCAUCUGAUUGCCUUGCGGUUCUUAUCAAGAAUCACACAGGAGCCGUGUGGAAUGCUCUAAAUGUUGAAGUCCAGAGCAGUCAUAGAGUUACCUUGCAAACAAAUUGUCUCUAUUCAAUAGUUUGA